AUGACUCAAUCACAAAAGGAUGUCCCUGCAAACCCCGCCAAGUGGGCUGAAUUGGCAGAGAAGGAGGGUGUCCUCAAUCAACUCAUCCACGAGGAAAAGCUGUUCUCUGCUUCGAAGAUCACAUUGCGUCAGUAUUUGCUUCUUCGUGUUCUUCGCAAGAAGUCACACAGAACUAGACUGGAUCCCAAGCGGCUUGGCCUAGAACCGUGGAUGAACCAGGCUAAAGACAUGCUUCAGUCUUAUCCCUCCUGGAACACCUAUCGCGAGAGCUUUAAGGGAAAGCAUAAGGAAGGGAACUUCUUCUUAGUUCAGAAUUCACAGGCCGAGGCAGCCAAGGUCAAAAGCAACGAAGUUUCCAACAGUGUCAUGUUCUCCCCGGUCUCCAAGCACACGCGCCAACGCACCCGCGAAAGAGAACGCAAAGAACGCAGAGAGCCCUACACGUCACCGACUCGAACGAACCAGCCUUCUUUUGAGCAGCUUACUCUCGAAGAGAACACUACCGCAACAGAACCAGUAACUCCAGGAAAUGACGGAGAGGACGAUAUCUUCACCGGACCGCAGUCUAUCUCAACGGGAGACUCUCUGGGGCCCGAGGAGCUCCUACGCGACACGUACCCUCCGGUCGAUGACGAACAAAUUGUAAAUGUUGCUCUAGUAAACUUUCUCCAAGCUCUCACAGAUUAUUUCCCUUCUCUUGGAAGCUCCUGGACCAUUCAUCGGAAGUCGCUCAAAGCCAAGUUCAACGAUGCAGAAUACGAGGCAAGGACGGAUGGAUAUCUUCGAGGCAAAGUUGAUGGCGAGGUGCGUGCUUUGAUCGAAGUUAAAGCAGCCCUUCGGCGGGAAUCCCGCUUAGCGAUCUGCAUGCAGGAGGGUGCACAGUUUGUCGCCUGGCUUAAGAAUCAUCCCCAACAACCAGGAAAGCUUCCGUUCCGGCGCUUUCAAGUCUCACAAGACAGACAUGAAAUUUGGCUCAGCUUUGCCGAGUACGGUGAUGAGUACCUCAGAUACAUUGAGCAUGGCUUUCAACAUCCAGAACGUCCUCGAUCAUUUUUGACGAUUCAUGAAUUUGGUCCUUACGAUACUCGCUCAGAAUCACAUAUGACUGAACUUGCAGUUCUCCUACUUGCGCUUACUCUGCGUGCUGAUCACGAUCGUAAAGAAGAGCAGGAGAGCAAUCCAUUUGAUAACUAA